CGAUCGCAGGCAAGGGCGGGUGGGCGCCAUGGGCGAGAUGCUGUGGUGGGACCAGCUGCGGGCCGGCAGCUCCGAGGUGGACUGGUGCGAGGACAACUACACCAUCGUGCCCGCCAUCGCCGAGUUCUACAACACGAUCUGCCAAACAAUAGCAAUUGUUCAGUGACCUGACUUCAGCAAAACUUAACAGCCCAUCUGGUGCUUUUUCCAUGCUGGAUUUGACAACCACUGAGAAGACAAUUCACUUGCUACAGCUCCCUGUUCCUAAUCUGUUUGCUGUUGAAGGCUUCCUGAAUUGCAGCAAUUGGAGUAUUUGUAGUCUGUUAAUAAAAUUCCUCUGGAAAUAGACUUGAAAAGUGAUAUAAAGAUAAGCAACGUCUUGUUUUUUGUUUUACCACCCAUAUGCAUGUGCUUAUUCCGUCAAUAUGCAACCUGCUUCAACAGCGGAAUAUAUUUAAUAUGGACUCUGCUAGUUGUGGUUGGAAUUGGAUCUGUUUACUUUCAUGCCACCCUCAGUUUCCUGGGCCAGAUGCUGGAUGAGCUGGCUAUUCUAUGGGUUCUUAUGUGUGCUCUUGCCAUGUGGUUCCCUAGGAGAUACCUACCAAGAGUUUUUCGGAAUGACAGGAGCCGGUUUAAAGCUGCCGUUGGUGUCCUGUCUGGGUUUACUACCUGCCUUGCCUUCAUUAAACCUGCCAUCAACAACAUCUCGCUAAUGACUCUGGGUGUUCCUUGCACAGCCUUACUCAUUGCUGAAUUGAAGAGGUGUGAAAACCUGCGUGUGUACAAACUCGGUCUGUUUUCAGGUCUUUGGUGGAUGCUAGCACUUUUCUGCUGGAUCAGUGACAAAGCUUUUUGUGAGAUCUGGUCAUCAUUUAACUUCCCCUAUUUGCACUGUGUUUGGCACAUUUUGAUUUGCCUUGCGGCUUACCUAGGCUGUGUCUGUUUCGCUUACUUCGAUGCUGCCUCCGAGAUCCCUGAGCAGGGCCCUGUCAUAAAGUUCUGGCCAAGUGAGAGAUGGGCAUUCAUUGGCGUUCCCUACGUCACCCUCCUCUGCGCACACAAGAAAUCACCGGUGAAGAUCACAUGAAGUUAGCCAUGGAGUGGGAUGGAUUUUCAACUUUCAUUCUAGCACAGACAGUAUCUAAAAUAACGAUAAACGAAUUGGGUAGUAUUUUAUCUUCUUAAGAUAAGCAGCCUUCCCGGUGUCAUAGGAACAGGUGGCAGCUGUGUUUGUUCUUUUUCUUUCCAGAGAAAAGAGAGGAGACAGGAACGUGAAAGCUCUUGAACUAUUUUCUCUGGUUGGCUGUAUUUUGCACUUUUAAAAAAAAAUGUAGCAUUUCACUUGAUAAAGUUAUUUCCAAGUAUCAGUGACAAGAAAUGGUUCUCCUGCAGUAAAUCACUUUUGAUGCUUGGUUCACCUUUGUUGACCUCUGUCUUGAGGCAUUCUUUAUAAAUGAAACUUGUCAGAGAGACCUACUUCCCGUUUUUGUGUCCUUCUUAGCUCUGAUGUAGAUAUAAUUGCACAUUGGCCACAAGGGCAUGCUCAUGUUCUCCCAUCCUGGAGUGUAACACAGGGAGGCUGGAUGUGCAUCAAAAGAGCAUUUGAUUGUUUCCCCAGGUGCAGCAGGAGACCAGUGCAAAGUGAUUAUCCCUGGAUAUCUGGAUCAAGGCAAUUAGAAAGUGUAGAUGUGGAAAUAGUUGACAGAAGAUCCAGUCCCUAAAACUAAAUAGGAAUUCAGGGGUUUUGAAUGUUUCUGUAUUUCCACUGGUUCAUGGACAUUUAUAUGCUGUGCAUUUUCGUCUUACAGAAAUGUUGUGGAAAUCCUUCUCUACCUCUGCCAGACAUGUUUGGUAUUGAAUUUGUUAUUGAAGCUUACACAGAAGUGUGAGAUUGAACUUCUGUCAGAGCACAGAUCAGCAUAGACUGACAUUGUGGUUAAAUUGCUAAGACUCCUAGGGUAUCUAGCUGUAUAUCUAAUUUGACAGUUAACUUCUCAGCAAAGCUUUGCAAAGUGAUGUGAACAAUAGUCCAGUGCUUUGCUGAUGAUAUUUAGGAAAAAACAGGUGGUGUAGGUAACUGCUUAAAAACAAAGAUAAAAGAUGUAUUUCAGUAAUCAAUGAAAUGUGACAUUCAGUCUUGCAGUCUUAGAAAGGAAUAGUAGAUUCAAGUUUUCUGUUAGUUUUCAGCUUGUUUUGUAAGGGAUGCAGCUAGUUUAAAGUUUUACAUUAGGAUUGAAUUUCAGGAGUGGCUAUGGUUCUUGCAAGCUAUUAAUGCUAGGUCUGAUAACAAAACAGUGCAAAGUACAGGUAAGUUUUUUUAAAUAUUAGUUACGACUGCUGCAGUCUUGGAGAAAAUGGGGUCUACUUACAAUCUACCAAAUACCAGAACUAUGGGUAGGUUAAGGAUUUAGAUCUGUGUUUUUAGUAAAGUGAUAUUUCCUUUUUGAAUACUAGACCAAGAAGUAACAUCUCCUCUGUGCUUUGCUACUGAGUCUCAUGUACUUAUUUUUUAUGAAUAUGAGUAUGUACUCUGUACAGCAUCAUCUUUAGGAGAAUGGCUUUUAACAGGAACUUUGAGGUGGAUUAGCUUUCAAGCACUGUAAAACCUUUCAAGUAACCUUAUAUUCAAAUUUAUGCUGAGAAAAUGGAAGCUGAGGUGUGUGCUAUUACCCUUAAAGCAAAGUUGUUAGUAGGGGAUAUAACUUCUUGAGAACUUUGAGGUGGGUAAGUAGCCUACUGUCAGAUUGAUUAAUGGAUCACAAAAGCAGCCAAUUUGUUUACUUCAUUGCAGCAAUGAAUAUUUAUGCCACUUGCUAGUUUGUUGGACAGAAAUGUGGUUUUGGGCACAUAUUUUUGUAUGAAACUUGUUUGUAACUAUAUACACGGUAAUCUUCGGUACUCGUUGAAACCCAGCUGCUUUUUCCAUUUUUCUUCUUCUCUCCUUGAAUAUGAAAUGGUCAGUUUUAACCAAUUUUUAGGUAUUAAUCUUGUGAUUAGAUCCUUAUACUGAUAGGCAUACUGGCUGGAACCCAGCUAAGGUUGCUGUUUUCAGAUAAAGCCCUACUUUGAGUAAGAUUUCUUCAAUAUUGCUUACUAAAUUAUUAUAAUAAAUAAGUUAUUUUCAGUAUUGCUUGGGGAAUUAGUAACUGCAAACAUAUGUACUGUUCAGAAUAACUCGAGUCUUACUACUUAAUAUUCUGUUGGAAAGAAAACUGUGACUUAGAGGGCUCUAACCAUCCUGCAGACAGCUGCCGUCUUCUGCCCUACAAAGUCUGACUGCUCACAAAGAAAUGAUUUCAUAAUUUAAAAAAUGGAUGUAGGGCAAUCAGCUAUUGCAGAAGUGGAUAAAUGCAGAUAUAGACCAGAAUAAUCUCUGAUUUAUUUAUCUAAUAACCUUUAAGCCACGUGUAUUUCGUAAGAGAUACUGUGAACAAAUAUUACUAUCCACUGUACGAAGCUACAUUGUAGAACUGAUUGGGAGUAUUCCAGUUAUAAGGGCACACCAUCCUUCUUAGAUGUAGUUAUUGCACUUCACCUUAAAUUAAUGUUAACCUAUAUUCCAACAAAAGCCACAUUUAUUUCAAAAAUGAAAAAAAAAUGCAGUUUUUCCAGAUUCACAGCUUCACAGGUUAUACUUUGAACUAAGGCUCCAGUUUAGAAUAACAUCGGUACAGAAAGAAAUAUGCAGUUGGCACACUAAGGGGUUUGUACACUGCCCUUAUCAAAAAGAUGAGUAGAAGUGUGCACAAGUAGGCCUGUUGUCCUGGAGUAUGAAGUGAUGGUUUUAAAAAUCCUGGAAUGCUUCCUUCCUUUGCUGGCAGGAAGUUACUGGGUUUCUAGACUUCAGUUUCAGUUAGCAUUCUAGUUUAACUAGUGGAACACGAUAGCGUGUUGAGCAUAAUGUGGAUUCUUUAUAGAUAGAUCUUGGUAUGUGAGGCGCAUCAUUCUCUGAUUUAAACUUCAAGAAUAUUUAAGAAAGGAUGUUUAGAUCUCAGUCUUGACAAGCACUUGCCCAAUUCACAGUCAUUACAAAUUCAGUUAAUAGUGUGUAAUGGAUUGUUUUGUUUUACAUCUCAGUUGAAGUCUGUAUACUGAGUAUUUGUGGAAAGCAUGUAAUACUUUGCAACAUUAAAUUGCCUUCAGAAUAAAUACUGUUUGCCUUUU